GGACACGUAUGCUCGAUUCCCGUCCCGAUCACAAACCCAACCUUCCCCCGCUGCAUCCUCCAUGUCUGUUCUCACAGGCAUACGCUUGCGAAAGCUAGCCCGCUGCUCGAUCGUCGACGACCUCGACAGGAAGCGAAUUAAGCGCCGGCCGGGCGCGGCGGCAUGCUAGGGCCGUCGGUCAAGCGGCUGGCGCGGCUGGCCGCCACGAGGCCGCUGGAGAAGGCCGGGAUGGCGCUGGUCCUCGCCGCCACGCUGGCCUCCGCCGCCGCCGCGCUGCUGCUGCUCGCCUGCCCCGCGUCGCCCCGCUGCUCGACGGCCGUCGGGUCCGCCCUGUCGGCGCCCAGGAAGCUCUGGGGCUGCGGGGCCUCCGCGUCGGCGCCCGGUGCGGUGGCGCGGGACUGCGACUUCUUCGACGGGGAGUGGGUGCGGGACGACAGCUACCCGCUCUACGAGUCCAAGGACUGCCCGUUCCUCGACGGCGGGUUCCGGUGCUCGGAGAACGGCCGCCCCGACGCCUCCUACACCAGAUGGCGGUGGCAGCCGUCGUGCUGCGAUCUCCCCAGGUUUGAUGCUAAGAGUAUGCUAGAGAGGCUACGAAACAAAAGAGUGGUAUUCGUCGGCGAUUCGAUUGGAAGGAACCAAUGGGAGUCUCUGCUUUGUAUGCUCUCUACUGCUGUCCCAGACAAGAGCUUCAUCUAUGAGAUCAAUGGCAGACCCAUCACAAAGCAUGAUGGGUUCUUUAUAUUCAAGUUCAGAGACUACAAUUGCACUGUCGAGUAUUACAGGUCCCCGUUUCUAGUCCCGCAAGGUCAUGGACCGGCUGGAGCCCCCAAGUUUGUUAAGAGUACGGUCAGGGUGGAUUCCAUGGAUUGGAUGUCUGGCCGGCGUAAGUGGAGGGAUGCUGAUCUGUUAAUCUUCAACUCUGGGCAUUGGUGGACAAAAGACAAAACAAUUGGAUGGGGUGCGUAUUUCCAAGAAGGGAAUGAGGUGAAGAUGAAUAUGAGCGUCAGCGAUGCAUACAGAAGAUCAAUAAAAACACUGUUCGACUGGCUUCAGAAAAAUGUUAAUGCAAACAAGACCCAGGCCAUCUUCCGAACCUAUUCUCCUACGCACUUCAGCGGUGGUGACUGGAAUUCUGGAGGGUUUUGUCAGCAAGAAACACUUCCAGACAUGACACCGUUCAAAUCGCUGGAGCAAUGGGCCGACAUGCUGAAGCCCGUGAACGAUGUUCUAGGGAGCCAUCACAGGCCCAGGCUGCCUGGGUUGGAUAUACUGAACGUGACCCGGAUGACGGCCCAACGAAAAGACGGCCACCUCUCAGUGUUCAGAAGUCCUUUGAGUUCAAGGCAAGCCCAUACGAACAAGACAUCAGAAAUCAAAGAGGUAGAGGAUUGCAGCCACUGGUGCCUGCCUGGAGUCCCUGAUGUCUGGAAUGAGCUUCUCUACGCCCUCUUCAUGAAAAGGCAGAUCAUGUUGGAGCAAACAAUGCCUCCGUUUCUGGCUCAAGAACACUGAUAGACAAAUUACAGGGGAUAUAUCUACUUGAUUGCUGAAGAGGAAAUUAAAGUCCAGCAGGUCUCAUGACAAGGGGUUUCUGUUAAUAGGAAUCAAUGAGGGCUGUGGCCUCGAUUAUCAGUGUGAAUAGCACAAAACUACUCAUGCACCCUUUGUUUACCGAAAAAUGGGAAUUUCGCUGACGCAAACGUUGGAUCAAGAUGAUACACACCCACAAAGAGUUUAUACACGGACACCUGUAAAUA